GAGAACACUGGAGGCAGACACAGCACAGACUGUACUGGACAUCCAGAGUCAGUGAGGACAGAGACCAACCCCCCCACACACACCGAAAGAACUUUAUCCAGACUGGUCACAAUGGAAGUACAGAAGACUGAGACAGCAGCAGAAAAGAUGACCGACAGGGAUCUGUCUGAACAAAUCAAAAAGGUGACGAAAGACAGUCACGUCCGAGCAGAAAACACAGAGCUGAUGCUGAGCUUCCAAAGAGGAAAGGUCACACUUCCACAAUAUAAGCUCCUCCUGUGUUCGCUGUAUAAGAUCUACCAGGCUUUGGAGGAAGUGCUGGACAGAAACAGCGAACACCCCGCUGUGGCGCCGAUUUACUUCCCCGCUGAGCUGGAGAGGUUGCCGUCUAUAGAGACAGACCUGGAGUAUUUCUACGGCCCAGACUGGAGGAAGAAGGUUGUUGUUCCUGCUGCCACUGAGCGAUACUGCCACAGACUCAGACAGAUCGGCAGAGAAAACCCUGAAUUUCUCGUUGCCCAUGCUUACACCCGCUAUCUUGGCGACCUGUCUGGAGGACAGGUUCUCGGUCGAAUCGCCCAGAAGUCCAUGGGACUGAAGAACAGCGAAGGUCUGUCUUUCUUUGCCUUUCCGGGCGUCUCCAGCCCCAACCUGUUCAAACAGCUGUACCGCAGCCGGAUGAACAGCAUCGAGCUGACGGAGGAGGAGAGGAACGGGGUGCUGGAGGAGGCCGUCAGGGCCUUCGAGCUCAACAUUCAGGUGUUUGAUGAUUUACAGAAGAUGCUGCUUAUAACAGAAAGCAGCGGUUUCUCCCUCACCAAGCCAACCGACGCCAAAACACUCCAGGUCCCGGGAGCCGUCACCAGCGCCUCUCCGCUGCUCCGGAUAGUGAUGGGACUCUUUGUUGCUCUGGCUUUGGGAAUCUAUGCUUUAUAGAGAUGGUUUGAUGUGUUGUUGAAUUUGAGCUUCCUUCAAUUUUCCCAAACAUCUUGUUAUCUGAAGAGAUUCUGUUAUGUUGGUGUAAUUUACGUGAAAACACCACAUACACUGUGUAUAAUGACUGUUGAAUUUUAAAGUUCCCUCCAUAACAUUUAUAUGCAAUAUAUGAAAAUGUGCAAUAUCUUUGUUUUGAAUACUGUAAAUAUGACCUUUUGUAAUAAAAUGCCUUAUU